UUUUUAACGGCGGGUGUGUUAGCCAGUGUCCCAAAGAUUACGUUUUAGACAAAGGAGUUUGUCAGCUGACAUGCUCAUACGGCCAGUUUCUUUUUAAUAAAACUUGUGUUGAUAAGUGCCCAGGAAGAAUGGAGUACGUCGAUGGCCACUUAUGUGUUUCAGAAUGCCCAACUCAAAAGGUCAUUCAGGAUACUAGGUGUAUGGAUAAUUGUUCGGAGCAGUUUGUUCUCGAUGGAAGGUCGUGUAAUACAAAGUGUUCCUCGGGUCUCUUUGAACACAAUAAAACAUGUGUUGACACUUGCCCGAACGGUACAUUUAAAGAAUACAAAAAAUGUUAAUAACUGCUCCAGUGGAUACUAUAGAUAUGAAUCACAUUGUGUUAAAACGUGUCCUACCGACAAUUUCAUCAAUCAUUCAAAUAACUUAUGUGUCAACCAGUGCGAGGGUUUUAAAUAUUAUCAACAGAAAAAUAUAUUCUGUUUGAAUACCUGUCCAGAAAAAACGGUUGAAAUUAAUUCGACAUGCGUAUCUCAUUGUCCCAAAAGUCGACCAUUUUUACACAAGAUGUCAUGUCUUGCAGAAUGUCCUAUUUCGUCCAAGUAUUUUGAACAGAAAAAAGAACCAGACAACAUUAUCACUUAUACCUGUGUCGAAAAAUGCAAAAAAUACACAUUGUCAAUCAGCAACAUGUGCGUUGAUGCCUGCUCUUCAUGGAAAGUUUUGUUCCAGGAGACUUGUCAAGAAGAGUGUCCAGAUUCAGAUCCUGUGAAAGUACAUUUACCUGCAACACAUGUAAAUGAGCUCAAUUUGACCACUUUUGUAAAUUUAACAAAGCCGAUAAAUGCAUUUGUGAUCUGUGCGAAAGAAUGUCCAUCGAAUUUUGUUCGGGACAAUGGCGAGUGCUAUGUCGAAUGCCCCACUGCCGAAAAAAGUAAGACGUUUAACUUGAGUUGUAUCCGAAAUUGUCCUGAAGAGUACCCGAUUAUAAUUAAAGAGAAUAAUAGGAGUAUUUGCACAGACCGUUGUGACAAAUUGCGUUAUCAACAGUUUUGCAUAGACCAGUGCCCAGACUCUCAUAAUGCUAUAUACAGAGGGGAAUGCGUACAAUGUAGUCAAAUUGGUAUGUAUGAAGAAAAUCAACAAUGUGUAAAUAGAUGUGAGGUUGUUAAUUUUGAAAAUCGAUGCUACAAUGAUUGUCCUCAAGCUGAUAAAUUUAUGUAUAAUGGAACUUGUCUUCGUUCUUGUCCUUCAAAUGCUAGUAAGAUAGAUGAACAGCAUCACGAGCCAAACAACUUUUUUAUUUGCAUGGAAAACUGCCCUUCUGAAAAAUUCACUUUUGGAAACAAUUGUGUAUCCAACUGCCCCGACAGCAAACGACUCCCAGUUAAUGGUGAAUGUAUGGCAUGCCAUGAAGUCGGAAAAUAUGACGAUGGAUCAAAAUGUGUUGAUAUAUGUCAGAAUCUUCAUCACGAAUAUCGCUGUGUUGAUAAUUGUCCUGAACAAUUUAAAAUAUUCAACGAAACAUGCGUUCUCAAUUGCCCCAAAAUAGCACCUCUUAGCGUUUCGAUCCAUAAUUACAAUAAAAACAUUAUUGAAUAUAGGUGUAUUAAAAGUUGUCAUAAGGACAAACCAUACCUAAACAAAAACAGCUGUGUAGGAUGGUGUGAAGAUAACUACUUUAUUUCAAACAAAACGUGUGUGAAAAAAUGUCCAGUAGACGCCCCCUAUAUCUCAAACAACUAUGUUAAAGAUACAUUUAAUAAAGAAUGUUUAAAACACUGCAAGGAUUCAGAUUUUUCACGGAAUUUUUCAUGUAUGGGAAAAUGUCCAAAAGGACUCUUUAGUCAUAAAAGACAGUGCCACCAUAAAUGCCCAAAUGAUUUUCCGUAUAUCAGUCAAGAUAACACAUGUGUUAAGAGCUGUACCACUCUUCGCCGAGGUACGAGUUGCUUCGACAAGUGUCCAAGUAAAACAUUUCAAUAUAAUGGAACCUGUGUGCAGAAAUGUCCCUUCAGUAAACCGUAUAAUAAAAAAGGAAAAUGUGUAAAGGUUUGUCCAAAUUUCUUUAUAAAGAAAACAUGUUUAAAACAAUGUCCUUUUGGGUUAGUGGGAUAUCAUAAGAAGUGCCUUAUCCAGUGUCCACCCGAAGCCAAAUAUAGCUAUAAUAGGGAAUGUAAUUUAGAAUGUCCACAAAAUACUGUUCAGGGUUUGAUUAAAUAUACAUGCUUUGACACAUGCCCGCAUGGACAACUCAAAUAUCUUCAGAAGUGCGUUGAUACAUGCCCAAAGGAAGCACCGUAUGAUUUCAAAGGAGAAUGUGUGAGAUCUUGUGCCGGUUAUUUGAAAGGUCUAAAGUGUUACAAGCAAUGCCCAAAAAUGUUUUCCUUUGCAGGAAAAUGCAUUCAGAAAUGUCCUAAAGAGGCUCCUUUUGUAAAUAAUAAGGAGUGUGUACAUGCAUGUCCGUAUGUCCACGAUAAUCAUCUGAAUUGCCUGAAAGAAUGCCCCGAACAUACUCAUCGUCAAGGGAAGCAUUGCAAAGCUGGUUGUCCACCAGAACGUCCUUUUUCAGGUACUCUUUUUGAUCCAAAAUGCAUGGAUAGAUGCGGUAAAUAUGAGCUCGCCUCAGAAAACAACAAGUGCAUUUCACGUUCAAGCUGUUCUACUUUUAUAUAUGGCAUGCGGUGUUUACAGAAAUGUCCACCACACACGUAUGUGCUACAUUCCAAGGACAAAAAUAAUUGUAAAUCGUUGAUUUCAGUUUAUAUCAUGAUUGGAAUCUUAUCCUUCAUUGUUGUGGUAGCCGUUGCUUUUGUGAUGAGAAUUUCUUACCAGUGCUUUAAAAUACAGGGGCAAAUCCUAAACUCGGAAAAGUUGGACUGUAACGACGAGCCAAGUAUAUUACUGUUGCAAGAUUUCUGUCUAUUUUUUGUUUUCCUCAACAAUAAAGGAAAAGAGAAUUUUAUAUUGAAGGACAGGUGACCCAGUC